AGGAAAAAUUUCUUGAAGGUGGAGACACCCAAACUGAAUCCUGAAGGAAAAGUGUACACUACCAAGGUGAAAGGACAGAAAACGUAGCACGUGUGUAAGUCCCAAGUGAGAGUGUGCCACUGGAAGGGCCCUGAGGCAUCCCGUGUAUCUGAGCACUAAGAAGGAAUUGCAAGGAGUGAAAUGAGUGGUAAAUGAGGGCAGAUGAGGAAUAUUUUUGCAUGCUAUGAUGAUGAGAUGAGAUUUUAGCUAAAGGCAAAGAGGAGGCACUGCAAUGAUGGUAGGGGAAGAAAACAUAGAUGUGGGAAUUGUAGGGCAUUUGUUCCAUACUGCUCUGCAUCAACCCUACCACCACCUUGCUGAACACCCUUUUUGGUUGGAGUUUUUGAUCCUUCUCUAUCAUUCACAUGUCCCCCUAUUCCUUGAUCUGCCAAAUCCUGCUUCUCAGUAUCUCAUCAUGGACGAGAGUUUCCAUCCAUUCAUUCAGGAAACUAACCAGCCUCGGGAAGGUUUCUUCUAUCAAGUUAGCUUAAAUAAUUAAUGGUGCCACAACUUCUUUUAAAAAAAAUUUUUGACGUUUACAUGCAGUAAUGUCUAUAGAAAAAAAUGCAAUGCUGUUCUGUUUAUCUCAUAACUCGUAGGCACUAAUCAUCAGACAAAAGCAUUCCCUUACAACUUCACUGUGCUGUGUCCCUCUUGUCUGACUUCACCACUCAUCUUAGCAGACUACAAAAAGACAUGAGAAAGACCAAAAACACAUCUCUGGACACCGUGGUAACAGAAUUCAUUCUCCUAGGCUUGCCCCACACCCCAAAUCUAAGAAUCCUCCUCUUCCUGGUCUUCCUCACCAUUUACAUCCUGACUCAGCUGGGGAACCUGCUCAUCCUGCUCACCGUGUGGGCUGACCCGAAGCUCCACGCUCGCCCCAUGUACAUCCUUCUCGGAGUACUCUCCUUCCUGGACAUGUGGCUCUCCUCAGUCAUCGUUCCCCGGCUUAUUUUGAAUUUUACUCCUGCAAGCAAGGCGAUCCCAUUUGGUGGCUGUGUGGCUCAGCUGUAUGCCUUUCACUUCCUGGGCAGCACCCAGUGCUUCCUCUACACCUUGAUGGCCUACGACAGGUACCUGGCAAUAUGCCAGCCCCUGCGCUACCCCAUGCUCAUGAAUGGGAGGUUGUGCACAAUCCUUGUGGCUGGAGCUUGGGUGGCUGGCUCCAUCCAUGGGUCUAUCCAGGCCACCCUGACCUUCCGCUUGCCCUACUGUGGGCCCAAUCAGGUGGAUUACUUUUUCUGUGACAUCCCUGCAGUGUUGAGACUGGCCUGUGCUGACACAACUGUCAAUGAGCUUGUGACCUUUGUGGACAUUGGAGUUGUGGCCGCCAGUUGCUUCAUGUUAAUUCUGCUCUCCUAUGCCAACAUAGUCCACGCCAUCCUGCAGAUACGCACCGCUGAUGGGAGGCGCCGCGCCUUCUCCACCUGCGGCUCCCACCUAACCGUCGUCACCGUCUACUAUGUCCCCUGUAUUUUCAUCUAUCUUCGGGCUGGCUCCAAGAGUCCCCUGGAUGGGGCAGUGGCUGUGUUUUACACUGUGGUCACUCCAUUACUGAACCCCCUCAUCUACACACUGAGGAACCAGGAAGUGAAGUCUGCUCUGAAGAGGAUAACAACAGGUCGAGGGCCUGUGAAUGGAAAUAAGUAACCACACCCACAUCACCCUCACCACCACUGUUUUCAGCUACUGCUGCACGUGACAAAUGCUCAGUGAACCUGUAAUGACUUAACCUGAAUUUAAUUUUAUUUGUAAGAAAAUUCUGAACUCUUUGAACCCAAAAUCUUUUCAUCUCAUUAAAUUAGUUCAAAUUGUUUUGCAUUAUUUAAUUUAAAACAAAUGGAUACAUUCCAUCUACCACCUCUGAUUACCUUAUGAGAUAAGAAAAUGCCUUAUCAAAGGCCAAAUAAGAUGAUAAUAAGUCAAUGUCUUAGGAGAAAUAUUAUGCCAGAAAAUGUGAAAGAGAAAAAAAGUAGCAUAAUGCUACUUUAGCCCUUUUUUCAUUCUCUUUGCUCCUAAUUCUAAACUUCUAUAAAUUCUGUGUUUCUUUACUUGUCUGUGGCAUGAAUAUUUCCAAGAAUUUGAACUUGAAAAUCCUGGAUCAUUUGUGUUUCUUUCCUGUCUCUUACCCUUCACGUGUUGUAACAUACCAAAAUUUGUCUCUUCCACCUCUAGAAUAUCUCUCUUGAUUCCUAACCAGUCUUUUUGUCCUUUUAAUCCUCAUCUAUAUCCCAGUCAAAAUUACCCUUCUGAAACACAAAAUCUAUAGUACUCUCCAAUGAAUGCAGAAUAAGGACAGAGUCCUUAAUCUGGAACUCAAAGUCCAAUAAAAUCUGGACCUAACAUACCUUUUUUCCCAAGACAUCUCCACCCUUCCUUCCCUCUCCCACCCUCACUGACUUACUGCCGUUCCUUGAGCAUGCCCUAUACUUGCCCAUGCUCUUCCGCUCAAGCUCUGCCCUCUAUCUAGAAUAUACUGCCUCCCUCUCCACAUUGACCAAGUGAAGAUGUAUGCUUCCGUCAGAUCCAUAUCAAACAUUUUCUUAUCUGAUUUUCCCAGGCAGGAUUUAGCUAGCUCCUCUUCCCUUGCAUUGCCAUGGUCUCUUUAUUACAGACUUUGUCACAGUCUGUCAUAUAUUGCAGUCAAGAAUUCACCUUUCUUCUCACCCCAAAUAGACUAUGAGUUCUCAGAGGACAUGAAGUAUUCAUAGGUGUUUGCGUCUGCCCCUCUCCCCUAGUAACUAGGAACAGAAACAGAAAUCAAUGUUUGCUGCUGGAGAGACACAGCACCAGGAAAGUCUCUCGAAAUGUAUCUUAGACAAAAUUUUAAAAUUGUGAAGUUAUCCCUCUGUUACUUGUCCUGGUAUCACCUGGAAAAACAAGAGAACAUUUAAAAGAAACUGAAAACAAAAGAGUGAAGUACAUGGCAGUCUAAAAGUAAGUAUAGACAGUUCUGAAGUGAAUAAAUGAAAAAGGUAAAAGUAUUCUUUCAUUUGCUGACAUAUCUUACACUUCUUUGGUUGUGUGGUGUCAGGUUGGCCCAU